CACAACACGCUUCACACACCCACAAAAACCCAUCAUAACAUCCAUAUACAUCAUCAAAUCACUAUACCAAAAAACCCACCAAAAUUCCUCAAAAAUGGGCUCUUGUUUUCGGCAAGAUCGACGUCAAAACCCCAAAAUUUGAACUCAUUCGAUCCACAGACAAGUACGAAAUCCGCAAAUACUCUCCCUCAGUCAUAGCCGAGGUCACAUACAAUCCAACCCAAUUCAAAGGCAAGAAAGAUGGCAGUUUCAUGAUACUUGCCAACUAUAUUGGAGCUCUGGGGAAUCCUCAGAACUCCAAGCCGGAGAAUAUCGCAAUGACAGCACCGGUGAUAACCCAAUCGCCAUCACCGGAAAAGAUUGCGAUGACUGCUCCGGUGGUGAUGAAGGGUGGUGGAGGAGAGGGAGAGAGGAAGUUGGUGACUGUGCAAUUUAUAUUGCCAUCGAAGUACAAGAAGGCAGAGGAGGCGCCGAGGCCCGUGGAUGAGAGGGUGGUGAUUAGGGAGGAGGGGGAGAGGAAGUAUGGGGUGGUGAAGUUUGGUGGGGCGGCAACGGAGGAGGUGGUGGUAAGGAAGGUGGAGGAGCUGAGGAAGGGGUUGGAGAGAGAUGGUUAUAGGAUGGUUGGGGAGUUCUUACAGGCAGGGCAUAAUCCACCUUGGACUUUGCCUGUUUUUAGGACUAACGAGGUCACGUUACCUAUUGAGUUAGGGAAAGUCUAUAGUACAUUUUGUUUAAAAAAUGUAUAGUACAUAGAAAAUCAAUGGUUCAGAUUGAGCCACAUCAUUAAAAGUGACCUGGUAAGCAUGUCACUUUUUAUAGUUAUGAGCCAAAAUCAUAUUUGUUCAUAACUAGAAUCAAAUUAAUCAUAACUUAGUUAUGAGCUCUCAUCACAUAUCUCAUAACCACAUCUCAUAAUCAGAACCAUUUUGUUGACAACCAAUAUCAUAUAUUUCAUAACUACAAUCACAUAUCUCAUAACUACAUCUCAU